CGCUCCCUCGCCCGAACCAGCUCCAUCGACCCCAUCGCCGGCACAUAUCCAUCGGGCUCACUUCCGCUGCCUCGCCUUUCCCUCUCUCCACCACCGUCGUUUGCUCAACAUGCUCGCUGCCGCAAACUACCAGUUUAUCUGGCCCACCCUGCCGCAGGAGGAGCUGCUCGAGUGCCUCAGCGAACUCAAGAUCCAGGCCCAGCAACGGGACCUGACCGAGCCCACCGCCGUCCGUGCCCAAGCCAUCUAUGAGAGCUUCUCCUUUUACCUGACCGGUCUCAACCGGGACUCGUUCGCACAGCCCAACUACGAGACCCUGGAGUUUCUGGACUAUCCCGAUAUUCACCAAGAAUCGCUGCCCACCAUCGCCUUCUUCAAGCACCUACAAAAGCUGAUGGUCAGCAUCGGUGCCGUCGACUUCAGCUACAGCGACUUUGUCCGUCCCACGGCCAAGCGAUUCGUGUUCCUGCUCAGCUGUCUCAUCAACUUUACUCGAUUCCGGCACUCAAAGAUCGAGCUGUUCAAUCGGCACGAGGAAGAGAAGAUGUCGCUGGAAGAAAAGCGCCGAGUCCUGGCCGAGAAGAAAGCUCAGCUCUCCGAGCGGGUCAACAACAUCCGUCUCCAACGGGCAGCCGCUGAGCCGGCCAUCCAGGCCAAGCGCCAGGAAAUCUCACAACUGAAAUCCGAGGUUCGCGAGCUCGUCAAGUCCGAGUCGGCAGCAAGCGGCGAGUACGAGCAAGUCAAGCGCGAGAAAGCCGAGCUCAAUGCUGCCCUGGACGACCUGACGUUCAAAGUCGAUAACGUGCGCCAAGAGUCGAUGCGGCUACGACCCCGCAUCAUCUCAAACCCACAGGAGCUCAAGCGGUCGCUGCUUGAGAUGGAACAAACUGUCCGGGACAGCAUGCAGAAACUGGACGCACAGGAGAAGCACUUCAACGAUUAUCAGUACCGGAUGGAAUACAUCAAGUCCAACAAAACGGAGAUUUCCGACAUCAACAAGCUCAAGGACGAGAUCGAAUCGGAGCGCAAAAAGUACGAGGAGGUGUGUCGCUCGGCUGCCGAUCUCCAAAAUCAAAUCGAGAAGCGCAAGACCGACGAGCGGGGGCUGUCCAUCCAAAAGCAGCAACUGGAUCGAGCGCUACGAAAUGCCAACGAGAAGCUGAAUCGGCUGCAUCGCAACAUGGAUAUGAAGAAGGAAUCGACUGAGUCCAAGCUCCUCAAGCUGCGGGAGGACUAUGCGCAGGCGCAGCGCGAGGUCCAAGCAAUCCAGGCCAAGAUCGACGAGCAUAACAAACGCGAUGCUGCCAUCCAGGAGAAGAUUCUGGAAAUGGAAACGCAACUGGAGGACGACUAUGCAACCCUGCGAGCCAAUGCCCUCAGCGUCAAGGCUCAGCUCGAGUUACACUACCACGCCGUCGUCAAUGCAACGAGAAUAGAGUAGCUCUGCCAAGAAGGAAAAGGCAGAGCCGGUCUGGGAUUGUGCACCGACUUCCCCGCCCGACCGGCCCGUUGUAACAUUGACGGUUGCCAGCGGCAUCUUGGUCGAGCGGCGAGCCUCGCCUAUUGAUACAAUUUUUGUCCAUAGCACA